UGAAAGGGAGAAGGCGUUCUGUGCAAGUGAAUCGGUUUUCGGUGGUGGACUCCACCGAAGUGCGGGCCCGACAAAACAUUCCUCUGGAGGAUUACAAGCUGUGAACCCGCGGACGUUAUUAAGGACACGGGCAAGAGAGUGGAUUGAUUACGCAAAAUUGCGCAGUUUCGGUUCAUCUGAGCUCGACUGGUUGAGUAUGGCGUUGACAAUGGAAGUUGGAGAGCCGAACCAUUGGCGAUAUCGGGGGGAAGGAGGCGCGAACAUCGUCCUCGCCUACGCAGGUCCCUCUCCUUCUCUGGAGGGAACACUAAGGAUGUGCAUUGAUUAUAGGGGCCUCAAUGCCAUCACUGCCAAGAACAGAGAGCCCCUACCACGCAUCGACGAUUUGCUAGAUAGAGCGCAAGGGUGUCGGUACUUAAGUAAGAUAGAUCUGAAGUCCAGGUAUCAUCAGAUUGCAAUCCGGCCCGAGGAUCAACACAAAACCGCCUUUCAGACCAAGUACGGUCUGUACGAGUUUGUGGUGAUGCCUUUCGGUCUUUGCAAUGCUCCUGGCACCUUUCAACACGCUAUGAAUCGGAUCUUUCAUGACUACUUGGAUAAGUUUGUCAUCGUGUACCUCGAUGACGUACUUAUUUUUAGUAAGACUGUCGAGGAGCACGUUGCGCAUUUGGACAAAGUCCUCAGUCUCCUGCGACAUCACAAGUUCAAGAUCAACGGUGAGAAGUGCGAGUUUGGUUGCACCCGUGUCUUGUACUUGGGUCAUGAGAUUUCCGCGGAAGGGUUGAAGCCCGAUGACGCGAAGGUGGCCAACAUUUGUGAAUGGCCACGUCCUCAGUAUGUGACUGAGAUGAGAUCUUUCUUAGGGAUGAUAGGCUACUAUAAGACUUUCGUGAAGAACUAUAGCAUAGUGGCCGCUCCUUUGACUGAUCUGACCCGCCUUCACACCCCAUGGGAAUGGACAGACGAGUGCGAGGUUGCUUUCAGACAUCUGAAGCAUGCGUUGACGCACUAUGAGGUCUUGAAACUUCUCGAUCCUGAUAAGCCAUUUAUAGUCACCACGGAUGCCAGCCAAUAUGGCAUUGGCGCCGUGCUUGCGCAGCAGGAGGGGCCAAAGUUGAGGCCUGUUGAGUACAUGUCCAAGAAAAUGCCAUCUCAGAAGUUGGCUAAGUCCACUUACGAGAAGGAACUCUAUGCGGUUUACAAGGCUCUGACCCAUUGGAGGCACUAUCUCCUUGGGAGGUUCUUCAUCCUCAGGACUGAUCAUCAAACCCUGAGAUGGAUGAGAACUCAGUCGGUGCUCUCUGACGCUCUCAAGCGUUGGAUCGAAGUCAUUGAGCAGUACGACUUUGACCCGCAGUAUCUGAAAGGGGAGUACAACAAGGUUGCUGAUGCCUUGUCGCGUAGACCUGAUUUCUCAGCUAAUCUGCUGCAGCGGUUCUGGUGGCCCACGAUGAUGCGAGAUGCUCAGUUGUACGUGGAGACUUGUCAAGUCUGUCAGAGGGACAAGCCACGUACGGAGGCUCCUCUUGGGCUCUUGAAGCCCCUUCCGAUUCCGGAAAGGCCUGGUGAAAGCUUGUCCAUGGACCUCAUGGAUACACUAGUCACCAGCAAGAGUGGAAUGAGGCACAUCUUCGUUAUCGUGGACAGAUUUAGUAAGUAUGCUAGGUUAGUAGCGAUGCCGGAAACAGCAAAAACGGAGUAUGUGAUUAGAAUGUUCAAAGAGAACUGGGUCAGGGAUUUUGGUUUACCGAAGUCCAUUAUAAGUGACAGGGAUGUCCGAUUUACCAGCGAGUUGUGGAAGGCCGCCGCUGUGGAACAGGGAACACAGUUGCAAAUGACUUCUGGGAACCACCCAGAGGCCAAUGGCCAAGCCGAGCAACUGAACCGCGCUGUCCAACACCUGCUAAGGCAUUACAUCAAGCCUAACCAGGUGGACUGGGAUGAGAAGCUUGCUCUCAUCGCCAGCCUGUACAAUAGCGUGGUACACAGUGCUACCGUGGUGAGCCCAAACUGCUUACUACUGACUUUUAAGCCUAGACUACCCUUGGAUUUUCUUCUUCCUGAGAACCAUGCAACUGCUGCUCCGGGUACCUUAGAAUUUGCUUACCGGUACGAACAGAAGAUGCAGCAGGCCGUAGAACAGAUGCAGAAGGCACAGGCGGCUAUGAUAGAAUCUGCGAACAAACAUUGCCGUGAGCCUUCAUUUCAGGUUGGGGACAGAGUCUGGGUCAAGUCCUCAAAACUGGGACAGGAGCACGAGAUCUCCCGCAAGCUCAUGCCACAGUACUUUGGACCAUGGGAAGUCUUAGAUAUUGUUGGGACUGAUCCGGAGGGACCUUCUUACAUAAUCCGGAUCCCUGGUCAUCUUCGUACUUACCCUGUCUUUCACGCCUCCAAACUUGCACCUUUUGAAGAAACUGAUCAGUUCCCCCCUCGUCGCUCAAUGCUGCCCCCAACCAUGGACGGAGAGGUGGAUAUCGAUGAUAUCGUGGACCACAGGGAGCUGCCAGUGUCAAGACCAACAGGCAGGGGACGUCCUCCGAAACCGAAGCUGCAGUACCGCGUCCGGUUCCGGCAUCACACUGAUCCAAAGGAGGACCGCUGGUUCACCAAGGAGGAACUCAUGCAGACCGCUCCGCAAGUUAUGGGAAAGCUUCUUCGAAUCACAAAGCUAACUCACCUUCAGGGUCGAUCAUCACCACAUGAGACCAUGGGAGAGCCUUCAUAUUCCAAGGGGAUAAUCCUGACCAUAGAAGAACAGGCUAUAUGGGCCGAAUAUCCAGAGGUGGUGCGAGCAACAACUUCAGCUGACCUGACUGCAGCGUUUGCAAAGCAUGUCAUGGCCCCUCUGUUAGGAGAGGAGUAUGUCAACCCUGGGGUACCUGUCGACGUUACGCGAGAGUUUCUCGAUAGUGUGUUCGCUGCCAUCAAUCCUCUUCGGCCGUCGUUCAGAAUUUACAAUGGGCCACAGGAGCUCCCAAGUGGUCGCGCACUUAUCAUACCUGACCACUGUCACCUCAGUGGCAGCGCAGAUGACGUGUCAGGAGCUUGUUUGCAGCCAACGAUAUGUGUUGAGAUCAAGCCAAAAUGGGGUUUCAUCCCAUCAGCGGAUACAAUACGGCCUUCCAAUGAAGUGAAGAAGAGAGUCAUUCACUACAAGAUGCAUCAGCAAGACAAGCUGGCCAGACACCUGGUGAAAUCGGUGAGCAACUAUGAUCCUCGAGACCUCUUCUCUGGAGACCAAGCGAGAAUGAUGACUGCAAUGCGGGCACUAUUCAGGAAUCCGCAAAAUAAUCUUAGAGUGUUUAGAGAAGGAAAUCAGGUGUAUGGAGCAGGGAAAUCGGAGGUACAAACUGUUGUCCAGGCCCGCAUGCGUAAGGCAGGCAAUGGAAACAGUAAUGCUCCCGCUACGGAUCUCUGCGGACCAGGAAUGGACUGGGACCUGGAGGGUGGACUAGAGACGUUCUGCCCUCUUCGUGGGAGCCAGCGGGAGCAAGCUCUGCAGGAGCUGGUUGUGGCCGCAUUGCUGGAAACGCAGGUACUGGACGGUCUGCUGCGAGCCCAACGACUCGAUCAAUAUGACAUUGAGGGCGUCAUCCACGUGUUCGAGGCAUUGAUGUGUGGUGCGCAGCAGGACAGCAAUGUUGCGGACGCUGACACAGAAUGUGAUUCGAACAGCGCACAUGCAGGCAAUGGCCAUUUUCCAGCAGGGGGAGAGUUGGGGGCCAGCAGUGGAGGUUUGGAGGACGAGGUGAAAUUGAGGGCAGAACUGGAGAGGCUGAAGGCGCUGCCUCGAGACGAGUGCAUACGAGUUGUCCGAGACUUCCUGAUUGCAGCAACUGCCAAGGACUGCAGUUUGCUCAUUUCCAUGAGGCGUGUUAUUCCGAGUCGCUGUACGCGCCCGCAAGGUUCGACGGGAACUCCGGAGAUGUCAAUGGCGGACGGACUGGGGAAUGGAGGCAGAGCCUUAUCAAUGGCGGACGGACUGGCGAAUGGAGGCAAAUGCUUAUCAAUGGCGGACAGACUGGCGAAUGGAGGCAAAUGCUUAUCAACGGCGGACGAACUGGCGAAUGGAGGCAAACGCUUUUGCAAGCACUUAACCAGGUGUCCUUUCAGUGGUGAAAUGUACGAGUACAAGCUGGCACUGGGAAAAAACGAAAUUGAUUUCUUCGCAUCACCAGCGUCAGCAGUGAUAGGUGCCUUUUUGCUGUAUUUCUCAAAUGAGAAGAGGAAGGGGGGAAAGGUCAAUCGACCAUAACCUCAGAAAAUGUAUGGCAGUGCACAAUUAGCUCAGUUGGUAAACCCACAGACUGUUGAAGUUUGAAAUACAGACCAGAGUUCCAACCCAGAUGCAAGUAGAUGAACAGAAGAGUAAUUCUGAAUUACCUGGAAAAGAACGAAAAAAGAGGAAAGAAAUGUACUCCCCACUGCUAUGUGGUCAGUGGAUGACAAGUGCUGAUGAUUUCAAUGAAGGCACAUGACAAGU